GUGGCGGAGAGACCAGCGCCCGGGCCUCGCACCGCGCACGCACUGAGGCGGGGGCGCGCCGGGAACCGACACGUUCCGCCCCGCAGCCGCCGGCGGCAGAACCGCCCCCCCGCGCCGCGCGCCCAGGGCAGCAGCAGCAGCAGCAUGAGCGGCUCCUCCGGGCGCGGCAGCCGCUGAGCCUCGCCCGCCGCCGCCGGGGCCUCUCGGAUGCUCGAGGCCCCUCCGGGCUGAGGAUGCUGAAGAUGAAGCUGCCGCUGAAACAGACGAGCCACCGGGCGGAGGAGGCGGCGGGGAUGGGGCUGAAGGAGCCCGGCAGCCGGGACUGUCACCUCCAGCUGCAGCAGGUGCCCCGGCCGCCUCUCCGAGGCGGGGCGUCGGCGGGGUGCGGGCGGGAGCGGCCCAGCCAGCUGCCUGGCUUGGGCCCGGGACCUGGGCCGCCGCCGCCGCCGCCGGCUGCUGCCGCGGGCGUGGCGGCCUCCCGCACGGACAAGGAGACGGUGUACGAGUGGUUCGGCCUAGUGCUGGGCUCGGCGCAGCGGCUGGAGUUCAUGGUGGGGCUGCUGGACUUGUGCAACCCGCUGGAGCUGCGCUUCCUGGGCUCCUGCCUGGAGGACCUGGCCCGCAAGGACUACCACUGCCUGCGCGACGCCGAGGCCAAGGCCAACGGGCUCAGCGACCCCGGGCAGCUGGGAGACUUCCGAGACCCGGCCGUGCGCUCCAAGCUCAUCGUCUACCUGGCGCUGCUGGGCUCCGAGAACCGAGAGGCCGCUGCCCGCCUCCACUGCCUGCUGCCCCAGGUGGACUCCGUCCUGAAGAGCUGCGGGGCUCGCGUGCGGGAGGAGGACGGGCCCGAGGAGGACAUGGAAGGGCCUGGAGAAAACGGCCAGGCCCUCCCUGUUGAGAGCCUGGGCAUCGGGGCGCAGGAGGAGCUACUGUUGCUGUUCACCAUGGCCUCUCUGCACCCCGCCUUUUCCUUCCACCAGCGGGUCACCCUGAGGGAGCACCUGGAGCGGCUGCGGAGGGCCCUUUUUGAGGACCAGGAGGAGGAUGCCUUCGGCCCUGCAGCUCAGAAUGACUUUUCCCAUAAUGACUGCAUGCCAAGUAAUGAGAACAGUUUGGAUCACAUCACACCACCUCAUGAUGGACUUUCGAUGGCCUCUCAUAGACUUCAGCGGGAAGCUGUACACAUUGAGAAGAUAACACUGAAAGGAGUACCAAGAAAAAGGGCUGACAAACAUUUGGAGUACACCUUCAAAGUAACCUGGUCUGAUCUUUCCGUAACAUGUGUAACAAAAACACAUCAGGAGCUGCAGGAGUUCCUACUAAAACUUCCAAAGGAACUGUCUUCUGAAGCGUUUGACAAGACCAUUUUACGAGCACUAAAUCAGGGUUUCCAGAAGAAGGAAGAACGGCGGCACCCAGAUCUAGAGCCAAUAAUAAGGCAGCUAUUUUCAAAUAUGUCACAGGCUUUUCUGCAGAGUCAGAGAGUGUACAAUUUCUUCCAGUCAAUUUCAUCAGAAUCUUUGCACACUCACAGUAACUUACAACCCUCUUUGAAGACAGCUAAGGCAUCAGAACACUUCAAGGAGGACAGUUCAGAGGCUUCAAGUCAGGAGGAAGAUGUAAUGCAGCACACAUCAGUCCAUAAAAAACAUAAUGGGAAAAGUCCUGUUGCCAACACUGGCAGUACAAAAUGUUCUUCACUGGAUGGCCUUAACAUAAAACACUCUGAACAGAAUGGGGUAGUGGAUUGGAGAAGAAAAAACUGCACUGUUCAACAGCAUCCAGAGCACUGUACAAACUUACUUGAUCAGCAUGCAGGAGAGAAACGGGGCUUAUCUUCAAUAAGCAAGAAGAAAGGAAAGCCACAACUGGAAAAGGAUAAAAUAAAGAAAACUGACAGCAGAUUGAGCAAUAGGAUUAAUGGAGUUAGAGUUGCAGCAACACAGCACAUCCGUGCAGGGGCAGUAAAAGAUCUGAAUUUGGACGUUGGAUCUGGACAUGACACAUGUGGAGAAACGUCUUCAGAGAGUUACAGUUCUCCUUCUAGCCCACGACAUGGGAGGGAAAGCUUUGAAAGUGAAGAAGAGAAAGACAGAGAUACAGACAGCAAUUCAGAGGACUCUGGGAAUCAAGAUGCAGCCAGGUUUACUGUUUAUGGUGCUGUCAGUCCAUCAAACAUCAAAGCAGCAGCUCAGAUUCCUUCAGUGAGUAAUGAGAAUGGAAGUAUUUCAGAGGAUCCUUUAAAUUCAAAGUUUCAACAUAUUUCAUUUAUGCCUGCCUUACACUGUGUGAUGCACAAUGGUGCACAGAAACCUGAAGCUGUAGUUCCACCACCCAUAUCUGCUGAUGGUAAAACAAUGGGAAUGCUUGUUACCACUCCUGUCGCUAUAUCGCCAAUGAGAGAAUCUGCAAAUUCAACUCCAGUUGGAAUAGGGCCAGUGACUUCUGGUGAAUCUGAAAAACGCCUUGAGCUGUUGGCUUCCCCUCUACCAGUACCAUCCACUUUUCUUCCACAUUCUAUCCAGCCUGGUAGCCCAGCUUUGCACUUGGCAAUACACAGAUUGAAAAUACCCUCUCCGCAGGGAUCAUCUGAAAAUUGCACAGUUAAUGGACCACAGCAACCAACAGGAAACUUAAGCAUUGGCUCACCAAAUACUGCCUUUAUCCCAGUCCACAGUCCAGGUAGUUUUCCAGGAUCCCCAGUUCCUAAUACAGAUCCCAUCACAAAACCUGCAUCCCAAGUGGUAGGACUGAAUCAAAUGGUGCCUCAUAUUGAGGGGAACACCGGAGCAAUCCCUCAGCCUACCAGUCUAAAGGUAGUUCUUCCCGCAGCUGGUCUUUCAACAGCACCUCCACCAACUUCCUAUACUUUGCCAGGCACUCCUCAUGCUACCAGUGUGUUGCCCAACCAGAAUACAAAUGUGCUGAACACUGUAGCAACUUCCACACCUCCUCAAUCAGCUGGUUUAGGUGUUGGUCAGAUCCAGUCAACUAUUCCCCCUGCAAUACCUACCCAUACACCAGGCCCUGCCCCUAGCCCAAGCCCUGCUUUAACACACAGCACUGCGCAGAGUGACAGCACAUCCUAUAUAAAUGCUGUUGGAAAUACUAACACUAAUGGGACUUUAAUGCCUCCACAGCAGUUGGGGUCUGGGGCUUGUGGUUCUUGUGGACGUAGAUGCAGCUGUGGGUCCAAUGGAAGCCUUCAGAUCAAUAGCUAUUUUUAUCAUAACCCUAUUCAUGGACAAGUCUACAGAGUUCCACCUUUCUUCACUCUGCCAUCUCUUUGCAAUGGCAGCUACCUCAACCAAGCACAUCAAAGCAAUGGAACACCGUUUCCUUUUUUCCUGCCUCAGACUCCAUAUGCAAAUGGACUGAUGCAUGACCCAGUAAUGGGGAGCCAAGCCAACUAUGGUAUGCAGCAAAUGGCAGGAUUUGGGAGGUACUAUCCUGUAUAUCCAGCACCUAACGUAGUUGCCAACACAAAUGGAUCGGGGCCCAAGAAGAAUGGGAAUGUUUCAUGUUACAAUUGUGGUAUAAGUGGACACUAUGCGCAGGACUGUAAGCAGUCAUCCAUGGAGGCCAAUCAGCAAGGCUUUUGGCAGUAUUUUCAGACUUGCAUGCUAUUAAUAUCAAGUCUUCCACUCCCUUUGAUGUUUUGGUAGAAUUCAGUUGCAAAAAGGAUUGGAAAUUGUCAGGUACUAUAUACAAUACAUGGCUUGGAUUUCUAAAGCAUGUGAAGAUUUGGAAAACAACUGGUCAUUCUGAUGUAUUUUUUUACUUCUGCAUAACCAACUAUCCUCUGUAUAACCUAUUUUAUGUAGGUGGGAUUUGUUUGAAACCUGAGACAGUUGCAGCAGAAAGACAUUGAAAUAAGACACUAAUAAGAAAUUAAAAUUUAACAAAUGACUUCAGUUUUAGAACUUCCAUCCUCUUUCCAUUCAAAAAAGAGGGGGAAACAGUGUUUGUACCUGUAGAACAUUAAAUACAUUUUUCUUCCAUCACCUCCUUUCUGAUCCUCAGUGUGUGUCUGCUCUGACCUUAAUCAUUUUUGCCAAACUUGAACAAGAAAAAUUAGUCUUGGUGUUUGGGGGUUGCUUUUACUUUGCAUUUUUCCAGGGGAGGUAGUGUCUUACAUUUUUAGGUUGGAUUUCUUUUAUGCUGACACUUCAUCAAGGAGAUGAAAAACUAUGAAGUUUGAGCCCUCCUUUUUAAAUAAGAUCGGAGAACAAGAUAGUGCCUUUUCAAGAGCAUGUCCAUUUUGAUACCUUGUAGUGCUUUGUAAUCUGUUUAAUUGUAAACAGUGACUUAGUAGUUCUCUUUCCUGUUUUAGGCACUUACAGACUGAGAUACGCACCUCCCCCUCCCCCUUCCAAUGAUACGUUGGAUUCUGCAGACUGAAACAAGUAAACAUUGCCUACAUAACAAACUGAAGUUUGGGGAAUUGGGGGGGAGAGGGAAUGUUUUCUGUGGUCUUGCAUUUGGGAUAUUCCUGGUUUUAUAUUCUUUUGGAAUUUUUCAUUGCUCUUGCACCUCUGUUCAAUACAAAAGAAGAAAACUGAGUCCCUGAUCUCCUGAGUCUGCAAAAAGCUUACAUAAUGCAUGCAACUCAAACACACAGCCAAACAAUCAAAAGAGCAUUUGAACCAUACUUUUGCACUGAAGACUUAAGACAUGUGCAAUGUUUACUGCAUUUUUUUAAAUGUCCUUUGACCUCUGACAUCACUGGUGGAGCAGCCAUAUGGUUGAAAGAAGAAACUUGGUCAUGUUCCCUCACAAUCCCCCCCUCUUCUGUCCCACCCCACUCCACCUCCAGCCUGUUCUCCUUAUGCUGCUGUUUUUGUUUUUCUCCCACCUUCACUGUGUGUCCACAUGGUUUCAUUGGACUGCAUGAGUAUUUGGCAGCUUAUACAGAGUUUGUCCAUACUAUAGCAAAUUGUUAUGCUCAUGAAUUAUAUGGGGAAAUUGUUUAGUCUUCCUGUGAGGAGCAAGACUAAAGACUCACAGAAUUGUGUAUAUAUGUAAUAUCUUGUAUUAUACAUACACACAGCUCUGGGUCCAGAGUAAAUGAAAAUACUUCAAGUGGGAAGGGAAUGAAACUGUGUGGACUUGAACAGAUUUAUGAACAUGAACAAGCUUAAACUGAAAGAUCUUAUUUCCAUUGUGAUGUUUUAGCCUGAUUGAUCCAAGAAAAAAAGGCGGGGGGGGGAGGGGGGAAUUGGUAUGAAUGUUGUAUUCCAUGUGUUUGCAUUUCUAAUGAAAGCUGACAGUGAGUCCUUUUUUAAAAGCUAUUCUACUUCUGUGUCAACACAGAAUGAACAUUACUUGAUUUUGAUUUUUCCCUAAACUAUUAGUGUUGCAUUGUAUUUAGAAUGUAAAUGGUUUAUUUCAGUCUGAACAAAAGUUAUGGUUUUCUACAAAAUAAGUAUUCGUAUUAGGACCAGUCUACCAAAUAGCAAAGUCACUAUUUUAUAAUAAUUUACCACUAUGCGUGAUUAUGGUAUAAUGUGAAAGACUGAAAUGCGUGUGCUAAGAUGGUAUUAAUCAUGUUGGUGUCAUGUCAAUAAGUUUUAAUGCUGCUGUAUUUUUAUUUUUAAAAGCCAAUAUGUACUAAAUUGCUUCCAGGUAAUAUUUGAUUUCCUAAAGUGCACUGAGGUUAUCUGGAAGAUUGAGUGUAUUUUUCAUGACUGCUACAUUCAACACCGAUGAACAAUUACCACUGUAUAUCCAUAGGUUUUUGGCAUUCCUCACAGUUCAUAGCAGAAAUGAAAGCAAGAUGCUGGUAUGCAGUAGGGUGACAAAAGUAAAAUUGUUUGGGGGUUCAGCUGCCUAAUUGCUAAAAAAAACUUGAAGAAAAAAAGCUUGAUUUACUAAAUGUCUUCAUAGGUAGCAUUUAUAUUUAUAGCACCAGUAUACAUUUCUCCCCCUUGGGGUGGGGUAGGGUAGAUGAAAGCUUUACUUUAAAAAGAAAAGAAAAAGUAAGUAGUAAAUGGAAAUUAUUUUGAUUAAAAAUAUUUUAUUUGAUCUGGGUAUUUUUGAACCGCAUUAUUAAAUGAAUUAACUACAUUUGAGUUUAAGUGAGGCUGUUAAAGCACCAAUGGACUCACAUUGUGAAUUACCUGCCAGUUGUACUUUAUGGAACUUAUUUUAUGAUUUAAAAUACUGUACUGUAAAUAGGAGGUAUGUUACCUUCUCUUUAUUUGUAUGUUUACCAUAUACUUUGAUAUUUGAAAUGUUAUGUACUGGAAAGGUCACUUAUAUUUCUAGAACAGAUUGGAUUUUAUGCAACCUUUCUUCCUUGAAUUAACAGCAAUAAAAAAGGAAAAAAGCG